AUGGAAGCACCUAAGAAAUAUGUCCCUGGGCCAAAUGAUCCAGAAUUACCACCACAAUUAUCAGAAUUUAAAGAUAAAUCUGCAGAUGAAAUAUUUGAAGAAUUAAAUAGAAUGCCAUUUUUCAUGACACAAUUAGAUGAAACUGAUGGUGAAGGUGGUGUUAAUGAUAAUUUAGAAGCUUUGAAAGCAUUAGCCUAUGAAGGUGAACCUCAUGAAAUUGCCGGUAACUUUAAGAAUCGUGGGAAUGAAUUUUAUAAAUUAAAACAAUACCGGGAUGCAAGAGAAGUUUAUACAAAAGGUAUUGAUGUUAAAUGUGAUGAUGAUAAAAUCAAUGAAUCACUUUAUGCUAAUCGUGCAGCUUGUGAAUUAGAAUUGAAAAAUUUUAGAAAAUGUAUUGAGGAUUGUAAAAAAGCUUUAAGUUUUAAUGUUAAAAAUAUUAAAUGUUAUUAUAGAAUGGGUAAAGCAUUUUUAAGCGUGGAUAGAUUUGAUGAAUCUAAAGAAUCAAUCGAAUUUGGUUUGAAAAUUGAUUCUGAAAAUAAAUCUCUCAAGAAUCUACUACAAGCUAUCGAAAAAAGACAAUUAGAAAUUCAAAGACGUAAAGAUAUGGAAAUGAAGAUAAAACUUGAAAAAGAAGGUAAAAAAGUUAUCCUGGAGAAUGCUAUGAAAUUAAGAAACAUUACUAUGAUUGGAACUUCUAACCCAGUAGAUUUGUUGAAAGAAGGUAAAUUGAAAUUAGAAGAUCCAUUAGAUUUUGAAUCUCAACUUAUUUUCCCAGCAUUAAUCAUGUAUCCAACUUUAGAUGAAUUUGAUUUUGUUGCAGAAGUAGGUGAAUUGACCACUGUUGGUGAAUUAUUAGAUGUAAUAUUCGAUAGACCACAACAAUGGUUUGAAAUAAAGGGUCAUGAUGUUUUUCAAAAUAAGAACAAAGUAUUAGCUUAUAUGGAAACACAAUCUGGUGGUUUAGUUAAAAUUGGUAGAAAAAAUUCAUUUCAUGAAAUAUUUAAAAUGGAAAAACUAGUUAUUCCAAUGUUUGAUAAUUCAUUAAAAAUAUUUUUCGUACCAAAAUCAGAAAGUGAAGCUUGGCUAGCCAAAUGGGAUAAGACCAAAGCUAUUGAAAGAAGAUUAUAA